CAGGCACUCCAAACUGUAAACAUUCAUUUUGUGCACCCUGCUGUCAAUCGGGGGUGUCACGAUCGGAGUUUUGUCUUAAUCUGUGCGGCUAGCCCAUAUCAUCAGUUGGUUCAUUCAAGCCGGAUUGGCUGGGUCGACGCUAGAAGCCCACCAUGUCGGACGUGCUGGAUAUUCUGGAGGUGGAUCGGGGCGCGGCCGGGCCGGAGAUCAGCAAGGAGCGCAUCAUCGGACCGCCACGCAAGAAGCCGGGACCGCGCGGCAGCAAGCGGCCCGAGGGCAUCAACCGUGAGCUGUAUGCGCUGCUCUACACAGACAACAAGGACCCGGCGCCGCUUUUCCCCGUCGAGGAUGUCAACAAGGGCUACAAACAGACCAAGGCUAAGCUGGGCAUGCGCCGCGUGCGUCCCUGGAAGUGGACGCCGUUCGUGAACCCGGCCCGCGCCGACAGCACCGUUCUCUACCACUGGCGGCGCGUGGUGGACGAGGACAAGGAGUACGCGUUCGCCAAGUUCAACAAGAAGGUGGACGUGGUGUCGUUUACGGACCAGGAGUACCAGCGCCACCUGCAGGCUGACGGCUGGUCUAAGGCUGAGACUGAGCACCUGUUUGACCUGUGUCGCCGCUUCGACCUCAGGUUUAUCGUGAUGCAGGACCGCUGGGAUCGCGGCAAGUUCGCAGCCCGCUCCGUGGAGGACCUCAAGAGCCGCUACUACAGCAUCUCCAGCAUCCUCUCCAAGCUGCGUCUAGAGCCAGGCCAGCCACAUCCGAAGGAGUUUGCAUACGACGCCGCGCAUGAGAGGAAGCGGAAGUUGCAGUUGAAAAAGCUCUUCAGCCGGUCACCGAAGCAGAUCGAGGAGGAGCAGCACCUGCUGGCCGAGCUGCGGAAGAUCGAGGCGCGGAAGCGGGAGCGGGAGAGGAAGACGCAGGACCUGCAGAAGCUCAUCAACUCGGCCGACACGGAACACCGCAAGGCGCAGAAGACGCCGGGCGCCGUCAAGAAGAAGGUGUUCCACGUGGGCAACAAGCCGCCGCGGGAGCGACUGGAGAGCACGCAGUCGGGUGGCGAGGGCGGCUCCAUCAAGUUUCCGGACCUGCGCAGCAGCGGCGUCAGCCUGCGCUCCCAGCGCAUGAAGCUGCCGGCCAGCAUCGGCCAGAAGAAGGCCAAGGCCAUCGAGCAGCUGGUGCAGGAGCUGGGCAUCGAGAUGAGCCCCAUGCCCACCGAAGACAUCGCCACCCAGUUCAACGAGCUGCGUAACGACAUGCUGCUGCUGUACGAGCUCAAGAUGGGCCUCAGCUCUUGCGAGUUUGAGCUGCAGACGCUGAAGCACCAGUACGAGGCGCUGGCGCCCGGGAAGACGCUGGAGAUCCCGGCAGCGAUCACACCAGCUGGCCUCGACAUCAACCGGCCCAAGACCAUCUCGGAGGUGCUGGACAUCCACGGCGGGCAGGGCACGCCCACGAGAAAACGGAAGGCCGCCUUGGAGCAGAGCAAGGUGCUGCACAAGAUCAAGGCGCGCACGUGAUGGCAGCCGUCGGUGGCGUGACGCAGUGUGCGCCGCUGACGCCGGCGCCACCUGGCGGCGUGUCUGCGGCGGACAGGCCAGCAGGAGGA